CAGGCUUUUUGCUACCUGGCAUGUAUGCCGUAUACCUAUGUACAUUCUACAGUACUUGUAUUUCGUUUUUUCACUUUGCAUUUCACUUUGUUUUUUCACUUUGUAGGCUUGCAGCUAUACUAUUAUAGUACUUAGUUAAUUACUGUAGUUAUAGUACGUUUCGUGAUCGAAGUGAUUUCAUAUGGUUAUACGGUGCAUUCUUCUUUGUGCAGACAAGGUUUUCUUGUCUAAAUUCCCGAGCCUAUGUCGAGUCGAGGUGGAUGGUUGCUUCGCUGUUGAUGGCGAUUUAUUGAGGAAGUAAUCCGAAGUGCGUGUAAGUGGUAACGACUCAGAAUCACCGGAAUCGGAGGAAUGGAUUCUCUGGCUUGUCCCAAAUGUCAGCAUCGUUUCACCUAUUUGGAGCGGGAGGAACACAGUGGUCAUUUCCCGCUGGUGUUAAACUGUGGCCACGGUCUGUGUUACUCAUGUGUGUGGGAAACGCUUUCACACGAAAUAAGCAGUGGGAAAAGUCAGCAUAGCGCGCAUCUUUCUUGUGCCCUUUGUGGUCAAAAUCAGCCACCUGUUGAAAGUUUGGAACGUCAGGAUGUCGUGCGAAGAUUUCCUGUUGAUUUUGUUACUGUUGGCGUUUUGGUCGCUUUGGACAGCUUUGGCCCGAAUAUUUUUCAGUUCAAUAGCAAAAUCCUUCCCCUGCCAUCUGCCUUGCGCUCAUCUCUCGAAGAGAAGCUGAAGAGUGCAGAUCGGGAGCGAGAGGAAAUCUUUCUCGAACGGCCGGAUUCUUGCUGUCUGUGCGCCAGCAUCCACUGUGGAUGGAAAUGUCUGACAUGCAAGCUAGCCUUUUGUAUGGAUUGUUGGCCGCAGCACCAACAAUCGUGCCCCGACGUCGUUUUAUCGACUGCGGUCCCGUUUGACUGCCACGGAAAUCCUAUGGAACCAUUUCGUUCUUGUGCCGAGCAUAACAGACUGCAACAGUGGCACUGCAAUGUCCACGAUGAACACAAAAACAGUUUUCUGUGUGUGCUGGAUGCCGAUGGUCGGCAGAAGAAGCGCCUGUUUGACUGUUCGUUUACUACAAAGGCGGAGAAAAAUGAAGAUGCUGUGCCCAGUUUCCUGGAUCUUCAUCCUCGUAUAAUUGCUUUAGCGAAACGGUCCGGCGAAAGUUUAAAAGCUAUUCGUCGAGCAAAGCGCCAACUGGAAGAACUGAAUAUCAACGACCAGCUCAAAAUUCGCCGGCUUUUUCAUCGUUUGACGGCUUCAGCAGUUUUUAGUUGCAAUAACUUGAUACUGCUGCAGGAGAACUUCAGUGGAAUAGCUCUCGCUUUUCUGGAAGAUGUUGGAUGUCUUAUGAACAAGCAAUCAAAAUGGACAACCUUCCUGUUGGAGCGGUGGAAUUUUAUAGUUACCAAUGUCGCGACUCUGCCCAUCAAGCUAUACAUGGAGAAUACCGCACUCGAAGAGAAUCUGCUCCGCUGCCAACUAUGGUGUCCGGACCGAAUGAGAGAAAUUUGUCUACACGAUGCACCAUAUAUUUCCGAGAGUGUCUGGAACGACGGGCUACCUAAAGGGUUGCGGAUGAUUUUCAUGAAGACAAUCGGUCAGCUAAAAUCUGCCGAAGAUUUACUGCCCACUGUCUUCGGGUUGUCCAGUGUACGUGAUCUGGUUAAGGUGGUCCACAAGCAUGGUCACUCCCCCAAAUAUGAUCUCCAAUAUGAUUUGGGUAUUCUGACAGAAAGAUCAGUUGUUUUGCCCGUAACAUCGUUAGCAACUGAAUUCCAGAAAUUAAAGAAUACCGUUUUCAACGUGCAAGGAAUGAUCCCACGGCAGUGGAAUGCUGAUCACUUGGAAAUCAUCGACGCCAAUCCUGCUGUAUGUCGUGUUACGCAUGUGGAGAAUGAUCAGUUAGAAUUCUGGAUUAGGAAUUCUUCAUACGAUGGAAAACACAAGGAGCUCCAUAAGGCGUUGAAUAUUUUUUGUUGUAAAGCAGUGAAUUUGGAAAGCAUUGCGGUUGACGGGAUUUACGGUGUUCAAGUGGAAGAAUCUUUUGGAAGAUUGUCUGGAUUCAAAAAGGGUUACCCUCAACACUACGGAUGGAUGCGUGUACGGAUUACUAAGGUGGAUGCCAACGGGGAUCAGUGUCAAGGUCAUCUGUUGGACCACGGUGCUACUGGGGCUUGGAAGUUGACCGAUUUACGAGAAAUUCCACAGUCACUGCAGCGGGAAGACCCCUUUGCCAUUCGUGCCCAACUGAGUAGUUUCGUCCCAUCUUACAAGGUUAACAAAUGUUGGCCGAAUAUCGGAAAAUUUGUGCUCCAGUGGCUUUCGUUUUGCGGCUCUCCCUUCGUCUUACUGGAUGAUUAUGUGACAGAAACAGGAUUGUUGCUGGUGGAUGUGUGGAGCGACUCUCGAACUCCGUCCCUUCGGGAGUACCUUGUGUGGUGUGGUGCUGGUGAACUAAAGGUCAUGAGUGACGCUCGAAAACUUUAUCAGGACCAAGAAAAACGCUGAAGGGCGUUACUAGCUACCUGAUUAAAGUGGAAGGAGUUCCCGCUGCAAACUUCCGGCAUGAUAAAAAGUAGAGUACUGUACCGGUUUCGUGUUUUAGAGAUAGCUUUCGUUAAAUAUUGUUUAGUGACAUCGUACAUAUUUUGACCUUUCUUUACUUACGGUUUGACCCGGAAAUGUUUAAGUACCGGUACUGGCAGUACAGUACUGUAUAUGUAGUUGUUCAGUUUUGACCAUUGUUGUUAACCAUAAAAUCAUUUUGUAAUUUUUGUGUUUGUGUCUCGCUGAAUGUAGAGAAGUGAAAGUUGUUGGUGGUCGAUAUGCAUUGCGAACUGCUCUACUAUUGCAUGCUUUGACUACGCCCAUAUUUCUUACUUUACAGCAUUCAUGGGCGAAAGCAGAAAUAGAA